AUGAAGUUCUUCUGUAGGAACGAAUGUAAAGGAGAGGAUAUUCUCAUUAGAACAGAUGAUGUCACAGCUCAGAACGGCAGAUACAGCAUUGCAUACAGCAACGGAUCUUCUGGAAUAGGAAUUCUGACUGUGACCAUCACACGUCUGACCAAGUCUGAUGCAGGACGGUACAGGUGUGGUUUAGGCAAAACUUUGGGUUCAUAUUUAUACCAGGACUUUGGACUCAGAGUUUCAGAUGUGGGACUGUUGGAUGUAGAGUCUGGCUUUCACUACACAAAGACUGAAGGAGAAGAAGUCACUCAAGGAUGCAGCAAUAGUGCCUACAGAAGUUGGAAGUUCUUUUGUAAGGACGAAUGUAAAAAACAAGACGACGUUCUCAUCGAAACAGAUGGCAACAGAACUCAAAGUGGCAGAUACAGCAUCGAAUAUACAGAAGGAUCUCCAUAUGAACUGCGUGUGACCAUCUCACAGGUGACCAAGUUGGACACUGGACGGUACCGGUGUGGUUAUGGCAGAGCUUUCUCCCCAGAGGUCUACGUGUUGUUUCCGAUCAUUGUCAUAGAUGCUCCAACCACUUCAAGCCCAAACUGGAGUCCUCCACCUUCCUCAGCGUCUGUCCCAUCAGCCUCCACACCAAUAACAAGCUCCAGUGCAGGAAGUUUCACACCUUCACCAGUUUUCCCUGCAACCACCAACCAGCUCACAAUGUACAUCUUUCCUCUGGUUGUGUGUGUGCUCAUGGUGGCGGUGCUGUUGGCUCUUGUAAUGCUGCUCCUCUACAAACAGAAGACAAUGACUUCAAACGGCACGAACGUGGAGUGUGUUACCUAUGAGAACCAUCCGCCAGCCUCUACAUGUCAAGACUCCGUCUACCAGAGCCUGGAUCCAGCCAGCAGGGAUCAUGACCAAAUCUACGCUAUACAACACGAGACUAUCUGAAUUCAGACCAGAGGGGUCUACUACGAACCAAAAUAAGCAUGUUAGCGAGGUAUGUUGAGCUUAAAGCCAGAGUUGUCAAUGUUACGAAGAUUGCACAGUAUUGACAUCAGUAGUAGGUUGGAUGUGACUGUUUUUUCAUAUUGCUCUUUGUACUGCAGAGCUAGCUCAACUGACUAUGUUGCUGUAUGGAGGCCUCCUAACCCCUACAUCUGUAUCUCCUCACAGCAAAUGCUUUUUGUUCUGUAGGUCAUUUCUCACAAACAUACCUGUAAAGAUGAAAAUAAAACAGUGUAUAUUUGCAGUUCACAGAGUUUAAAUACUGAGCUAUUAUGUGGCAGAGAAACAUAUGUUAAAUAAGUUGGUAAAUUUACUGUAGCAGAACGUCAGGGAAAACAGUAAUCCUGGUUCCUGAUGUUAUCACUUUCUCCCAAAUUUUGGAUCAAAGUUUUGCUGUACAUGAAGGGUUAUGGAGAGUUUCUUUAAGAAACCAGUUAUUUGGUAGGUUUUCACCAUUAAUGUCUCUCUUCUGCUGAUUCAACUGGCUGCGGUCACUGUGUCUCACUGUGGAGAGACUGCGACAGCGGUCCUCUUUGCCCAUUUAUUAGAUCAGCAAGGAGUUAGGCAUUGCUAAGAUGGCGAUGCUUGAGACUUCCACUGAGCUUCAAAAGGUCUUUUUCAGAAACCUUGGGGUGUUUCCGCGGAGCCUACAUUCAUUAUUUUUACUGUCUGCUAGGUUCAAAGUAUUUCUGCCUGGCCCUCCAUAUCACUGAAAAUCUCUGUUACAAAGUCCUGGUGUAUGUCGGGUGGCUGCUGCUCCUUAGCAGCUCCAGACACACUGCCACUAGUUUAGUGUUGCACAGUAUACUGGUGCCAACGGUAGACCGCAGUACUAAAACACCACGGUACAUACGAUACCAUAAUGUUGGAGUA